AUGGACAAAAUUCGUCGUUCUCUCGGCGGUCAGGAAGACACCAAUGAUGAAACUGGAAUUAUAACUGAGAUAUCAAAUGCAACAACUUUCAGCUGGUCGACUCGCAUCAAAGGAUUCCUCAUCUGCAUGAUUGCUGGUGUCAUCUGCUCUUUAUUGGCUAGUUGUCGUUUUGGAACAUUCUUCCUGGCGAUACCUAGCAAUGUGGGCAUUCGACUAUUUGCUGUCUUUUAUUCCAUCGGUAACAUCAUGGCACUUUCAAGUACAUGUUUUCUAAUGGGGCCAUUGAAUCAGUUGAAGAAAAUGUUUGCUGAGACGAGAAUCAUCGCCACCAUGAUGUUCCUCUGGAAAAAGACGGUAUUAGCUGUUUUGUUCUGCUGUCUUCAGUUUUUAGCCAUGGCAUGGUACAGUCUUACUUACAUUCCAUAUGCCAGGGAUGCUGUCAAGAAGUGUGUCUGUUCGUGCGUCGAUGUUUAA